AUGUCUAAGAAAAUAAAGUUUAAUUAGAUAUUAGGUGUUAGAGGUGACAUCCAUCAUCAAACACUUUUGUCACCUGUUGAUAUAAGUUCAAAAAAAAGAUUAAAAAAGGUUACUUUUGAUAAUUAAGCACUUUAUCUAUAAUUUCGAGCAACUGACUGUCCUAUUGAGGUGAAUUCGACUCUUUAAAAACAUCUUUUAUAAGGAUCGAUCUCAGUUGUUACCUAACCUUGA